CCUCACUUCCGCCCACCGAGCUCAAUGGUGUGUCGUCACGUCCUGUGGUCUUGAGCUCGGAGAAGAUGGCGGCUGUCGUAGUGAACGCUGAUGGAGGAGUCGCGCCGCUGGACGCGGACUCGGUGUCGCCGCGUCUCCCGUCUCCAGCGCCGGAGCAGCCGCUCCAGAACAACGCGCUGCUGGGCCUCCCGAUCGUGGCGAUCGAGACCGUGCUCAACUUCCUGUCGUACGACGAGAUCAGCCUGCUGCGGCUGGUGUGUAAACGCAUGGAUGUGAUCUGUCAGCGCGUGCUCAAUCAGGGCUUCCUGAAGGUGGAGCGCUACCACAGUCUGUGCCAGAAACAGGUCAAAGCCCAGCUGCCCAGGCGCGAGUCGGAGCGGAGGAACCACUCGCUAGCACGGCACGCGGACAUCCUGGCGGCGGUGGAGACGCGUCUGUCGCUGCUCAACAUGACCUUCAUGAAAUACGUGGAUUCAAACCUCUGCUGCUUCAUUCCUGGAAAGGUGAUCGAUGAGAUUUAUCGUGUUUUGCGGUAUGUGAACUCCACACGUGCGCCGCAGAGAGCUCACGAGGUGCUGCAGGAGCUGCGAGACAUAUCCUCCAUGGCCAUGGAGUACUUCGACGAGAAGAUCGUCCCUAUCCUGAAGAAAAGGCUUCCCGGCGCGGAUCUCUCCGGACGACUGAUUGGGUCUGCUCCGGUGGCCGGUCCCUCUACCUCUCUGACCACCAUGUCCUUGUUGGCCAAAAACACUCCGUCUCGCUCUGAGAUGACGAAGGUGCAGCAGCAGGUGAAGGUGAACGGCGCGUCGAUGACGGCGCUGCGGCGCGAGAUGCAGGAGGUGCGGGUCAAGCAGCUGGAGCAGCAGAAGCAGCUGCAGGACCAGGACCAGAAGCUGCUGGAGCAGUCGCAGGUGAUGGGAGAGCAGAACGCCCGGCUGGCCGAGCUGGAGCACAAGCUCAGGGAACUGAUGGACAGCGCGGUGGCCUCCACCUCCUCCAGCUCCUCCUCCUCCACCCCUGCGGCGGCCGCGUCCUCCUCCUCCACCGUGAGCCCGGCCGCCUCCGCAGCCGCCGAGGGCGAGAGCGGCCUGUGUCUCAAACGACCCCGCAAGUGCUCGGACCUCCCGCGUCACUCCAAACGCCUGCGUAGCAAGAAAUAGAGGGACGUUUCUCUGUAUCGGUUUUUUUUUAUUUUACGUUUUCUUUUGCUUCCUUAAAGCUAUAUCAUUUUUUUCCACUUAUGUCAAAUGAUGAUGCGAGUAUCACAUGGUGGGAAAUUGAAAACGAGAGGGGAAUCUUUUUGUUUUAUCAGUCGUCAGCGUGUCCCUCAUAUCAUACACGUAUUACACUAAUAUGCUUGAGCCCCGUCGCUUGACUUCUGUUUCUAAAGGUUUGGCAUCUGCCUUGAGCAACGUUUGCCUUUAAUGUUUACCCCACCUUCAUGCCAAUGAGCUCUUUAUUGCCAGAGGAAUCAUUGCAAAGAAACACAAGACGGACGUUUGCAAGGAAAACAUGAACAGAAAUGAUGCUUCUGAAGACACUGCAUUGUGGAAACGUAGCUUCUUUGGCGCUCCGCAGUAGUUUCGACCAUAAGUAGGUUCAAUUGUGUACGAAGGUUUCAAGUUAAGACUUAGAUCCCCUUCUUGAAAUGGAGAACACGAGGUGUUCGACACCUGACUACUAAGUUAUAUUAUGUAAAUGGUAAAUAUCAGCUUUGUUCUAUGUUUUAAGAGUGAAAUAUUUCAUCUGAGAUGUGCCUCGACAGUAUGAGCAAGUCAGUGGUCUUGCAGACGUCUGCAGCUGUAGCAUACAUGAUUAUAUUGUUUGUCUAAAGAUCGUCCAUCACUGAGGAUAGUGUCUUGUAGGUGUUAAUGCCAUGUUGUACCUGCCACUGUUUGUAGGUGUGUAAUUUACUGCAAAUAGAUCUGUCUCAGUGCAAUAAAACUUGUGGAAAGCCUU